AUGAUCUUACUAAGUGCAUUUGUCCAGUCAGCAAAUAUGUCAACAUCUUCACGUGUCUUCGCAAUCAUUGCGUUAUUAAUGUUCGGAAGGUGUAUCGGUGGUACUGCUGUGGAUAAAAGAUCGAGCCUCGUAGACAAGACAGGGGUGCUCAUUAACAACCCUGUAAAUCAGAAUGGCAUGGUGGAGGACGACCUGGAAGACCAGAUAGGCAAGUUGGUGAGCCAAGUGGUGGAGCAGCACUUGGCUGGGUGCCACUUAGUGCUGGUCGAAACAACAGAACAGAGUCCUACAUUCUUUGCAAUGAACAGACAACUGGUAAAAGUCGGACAGGGUGUGAUGAUGGUGGAUGUAUGGCGAUUAUACGCAGAGGAUUUACCAGUUAAGGAUCAGUUAAUGAGAGACCAGCUUUUACAGGGGUUGUGGGGAGACACUACGCUUACCUGUAGCGCCCUCAUUAUACACCUCGACAACAUAACUGACAAUAAAAUCGCUUCCAGGUUCCUUGAGUGGUGUAAGGUAUGGCGACGACCCAUGACGCGCGUGGUGAUAGUGGGUGUCCAGGAGGGUGAGGCAUCCAUCCUUCUUCAUCAUAAUCUCCGCAACACCAUCCACACCAUAUACCUCGCCCUUCACGACCUCACACUCCAAAGACUCAAUUUUCGUCAGGGACACCCACUGAACACCAGGCUCAGGAAGACAGUGGCAAAGAGAGGAGAUAAGGCCGAGGAGCUGUGGGUGUACGGGCGAUGUCUGUACUGUAACAAGGGUGAGGCUCAGGUCCAACUCCUCCACCGGGGGAACCUGACCUAUGGCCUCCACGGCGUCAACCUCUUCCCAGAUCAAAGGAAUAACUUCAUGGGCCACACACUCAAGGUGUCGGUUUUGGCUUACGUGCCUCUUAUCUCCUAUGAGCCUGCCAAAGAACCGGGUGCCCCAGUGGUUCCCCAGGAUUCCCUCAACAUCCGCAUGCUUCACAUCAUCGCCAGUCAUCUCAACUUCACAUAUGAGCUUCGAGAACCAUUGGAUAACAACUGGGGAACCCCAGUAGGCGACGGCACCUGGACGGGGAUCGUGGGCGACCUCCAGCUUGAGCAGGCUGAUUUCUCCCUCGACUUGACGCUUUCACAUUCAAGGAGUCGCGUCAUCGACUUUUCUAGGGUCUACAACCACGAUCCAUUAAUUAUUGUGUCACUCAAACCUGCACCUCUACCACGUCAACUGGCGCUCACUAGGCCAUUUGUAGGGGAUCUGUGGGUAGCAGUCAUGGUGUGUACAUUAGUCCUCGGAUUCAUCUUAUGGGUACUGCAGUGGGAGUGGUCGAAGGUGUCAGGUGGACGUGGCAUCAAGAUCGUGCCUGCUUUUCUCUACAGCUGGGGGAUGAUGCUGGCACAACCAGUCACUGCACUUCCCACCAACACAACUGCCCGGGUGCUGAUGGGGUGGUGGCUGCUGACAUGUGUGAUCGUCAUAACAGCCUACCGCUCCUCCCUCAUCGCCCACCUCUCCGUCCAGAGCAAGUACCCGCCCAUUAACACCUUCCAGGAUCUCCUCGACCGAGAUGGCUGGUCCUGGGGUUCCAGACCAUUACGAGGAACUACUUUUCUCUACUUCAACCAGAGUUCUGAUCCUGACAUCCAAGAAAUAUUUAGAAAAAAACAGACGUACAAGAGAGAAGACGGCAUGGAGCGAGUAUUGGCCGGCGGGUUUUCCUUCCUGUCGCUUAAGACAUGGGUCAAAAUUCAAGUUACUAAAAUCUACACUGACAGAAACAGAAACUCGCCCUUCUACAUCAGUAAAACCGAGUAUCCCAUUUUUGGGGGCAACGGUUGGGGCUUCAGACAAGGAGCACCAUUCCUGGGUCAACUCAGCAAGGUGAAGCAACAACUGAUGGAGGCAGGGUUGCUAAAGCUAUGGCUAGAUGAACUAAUACAGACCCACUCGGAGUUCAACAACGUAAAGCGAGAUGGGAAUGAGCUUCCACUAUACACUGAACCGCCAGAGUCCACCGCUCUCAUCCUGCUAUUAGCCAGGGCAUAUGCUAAAUUAAAAACCAAGAGAGGUGUUGUGCUUGCGCCACCGACCUGA